UAAUCCUUACCUCGGAGUUUAACUAUAGUACAAGUAUAUUAUAAUAGACAAUGUUAGCCCUCGUCUGUUUGUUUUUUGCCCUAAAUGCUUAUACUGUCUCGGCUUCCUUCAUCAAGCCAUGCAAGCUCGAAGAUUCGUCCUGUAUUGUAUCUUCAGCAAAGCUCGCUAUUCCAGUUUUUGUUAAGGGUGAACCAAAUUUGGGUAUAGAGCCCAUGGACCCAAUGCAGCUUGCGCUCAUCAAGAGCGACCAGGGAGGACUUAAGAUUAUUUUUAAGGACACCACCCUGAAUGGCCUUAAGGACUGCAGUAUUGAAAACAUCAAGUUCGACACUUCUAAAAUGCAACAACAUGUUGCCUUAAAAUGUAACUUGUUACUCACGGGACACUACAAUAUUGAUGGACAACUACUAAUUUUUACAGCACAAGGAGAUGGCAAAUUUAUGAUUGACAUUCGAGACAUAUUUUUAAAAGCUAUCAUCGACAUCUCUACGGUAAAUGGUAAAGAUGCCAAACCUCAUUGGCAUAUAAGCAAGUGGAGCUACACAUUUGAAGUUCUAACCGGCGCGACCUUCAACUUCGAGAACCUAUUCAACGGAAACAAAGUUCUUGCCCAGCAAUUGUUAGAUUUUGUCAACACCAGUUGGAAGGAAGUAAUGCGAGAAAUAGCACCACCAAUCGUCGAUGCCAUUGUUGCUAAAGUUAUGAAUGGUGUGGAAGCCAUGUAUAAAGCUGAACCUAUUGACCAGCUGCAAGCAUAAAAAAUAUAUUUAUCUCAAUUAAUUAUGUACCUAAAUAAAAUUCAAAAUUUGUAUUUGUAUAUGUAAUUAAAUAAAUGGUUUCAAUGAUGAUAAUACUUAUUUAUUAA